AUGCACGACGCAGGCAGACCGGCCGCCGCCCGGACGGUCAAGGUGGUGUUGAUCGGGGACGGGAAUGCGGGCAAGACGUCGCUGCGGUCGCGCCUCCUCUUUCGCGCCUUUCAGCCAAGCUACCGUGCGACGAUUGGGGCCGACUUUGUCAGCAAGACGUUCUAUGUGCCCCGUUCUGCGGUCCAGCUCAGCAUCUGGGACACGGCGGGGCAGGAGCGCUUCCGCUCGCUCGGCGCUGCUUUUUACAGAGGCGCCGAUGCCGUCGUGCUGGCCUUUGACGUCUCGGACCGGGCCAGUCUGGAGCGCACGCUGACGUGGUACGACGAGUUCCGCCGG